UUGCCGUCAUGGCCACCUCUGGCGGUCUCACCCGCUUCAUCCAAUCAAGCUGCACUGAGCGGCCGUACUCUUCGUGGUGAGCUUCACAUGACGUCGUCCGAGCUUCCCUCGAGUGCGACACCAGCCACAUGCGGAGUGGUAUAACGCCGUCUCGGGCCGAGCAUGAAGAGAGACAUGGGCGUCGAAGAGCUGCCGACGGCCAGCCACCAGAAGGUGUUCGCCACGAUAUGGCGCACAGUGCGCGAAGCACUGUUUUUGCUCCAAGUGGGCACCUUGUGCGUACUCGCUCUCAUGGUGCGCAAAGGUGUGUGCCGUUCCAACGCCAGCAUGGACGGCAAGACCGUGAUCGUCACGGGCGCUAACGCAGGCAUCGGCAAGGCCACAGCCAUGGCGCUGGCAAGGAGAAAGGCACGCGUCAUCCUGGCCUGCCGCAACAUGGACAAGGCCAAGCGUGCCGCCCAGGAGAUAUUGGACAGCACGGGCCAGUCGGUGGUCGUCAAGCAGCUAGACCUCGCCUCGUUCAAAUCGGUGAACCACUUCUGCGAUGACAUUCUGAAGACGGAGUCGCGACUCGACGUGCUCGUCAACAACGCUGGCAUCGUCACAGACUCCAAAGCGGUUAGGCUGACUGAAGACGGCUACGAACUGUGUUACCAGUCAAAUUACCUCAGUCACUACUUGUUAACAAUAAGGCUCCUCGGACUGCUGCGCAGGAGUGCCCCGAGCCGGGUGGUGAACGUCUCAUCAGCCAUGCACCACCUAGGCACACUCGAUGACCCCGACAAGCUGGCGCGCGGCAUGACGGCAGUGCGUCACCCCACCUACUCGUACGCCUGCAGCAAGCUCGCCCAGGUGGCAUUCACGCGCUCCCUGGCGCACAAGCUACGCCACACCGGCGUCACCGUGAAUGCCCUGCACCCUGGCGACGUCAAGACAGACAUCGCGACCAACUCACCCGGAGGUCUCUUCUUCAGCUUGCUUCUGGCUCUUGGAGGAAAGACAGCCGAGGAAGGGGCGCAGACGUCGAUCUACCUGGCCGUCGAGCCCAAGGUGGAGACGGGCCACUAUUACUCGGACUGCCGACGGGCCUGGAUAAGCAGGCAGGCGGCAAACCGGAGAAGAUGCGAGCGCUUCUUCUGGCACUCCGCGCGCCUGGUGCACCUCGACGAAGCCCGGGUCAACGCUCUCAUAGGAAAAGAAUAGCAU